AUGGAUCCUCAAGAAUUUGAUAAUAAUAACAAUAAUCAACGUUCAAAGAGUACAAAUUCAAAUUACAUUGAUAACAAUAACAAUAAUUAUUUAUAUUUUCAAAAUGUUAACGAUAUAAAAUAUUUAAAUCAUGACACAAAUAAUAAUUUUUAUUAUAAUAAUAAUAAUAAUGGUGCCAAUAAUUUGAAUAAUGAAGUGAUGACACAAUUUCCAAAAUUCGAUUCUUAUGCAGAUGCUUAUAAUAGAUUAGCAAUUAUCGAUCCUUCUUCAAUUAAUCAUAAUACUAAUAAUAUAGACAUGAUGUAUGGUUUAUCAACUGUUGAUCUUCAACAACAACAACAACAGUUUCAACAACAGGAUCCAUUUUUAAAUAAUAAUAUUAAUAGGUUUACGCCGACUCCAUUAAAUUCAUCAAACAACAACAACAAUAAUAAUUCAAAAGGUAUAUUAGCAAUGUCUUUACAAACUAUGGGUAUGCAAAUACCUAUUGUAACAAAUUCAAAUAAUAAUACAACAACACCUUUAUUAAUUCAGCAAUCAAAUAACUCAAAUAUAAAUAAUAAUAUUCUUCCUUUUAAUAAUAGAAACUAUAUUACUGUUAAUGGUAAUACUAAUUUAAACGAUUCUAAUAAUAGAAUGAUUCGUUCAACUCCAAAAGAUGGAUCUCAACAAUUUUUAUCAAUUGAACCAAUAUCAUUAAAAAAUAAUCAAAAAGAUAAGGAGUCAUCAAUUAUUAAUAAUAAUACAGAAUCAUUUACAAAUUAUGAUGAAACUCAACGAUUUAAAUAUGGUUGUUCAAUUUGUGGUAAAAGAUUUAAGAGACCAUCAUCUUUAAAGACUCAUAUUAAUAUUCACACAGGAUUUAAACCUUUUACUUGUCCUUAUAUGGAAUGUGAUAAAUCAUUUAAUGCAAAAUCUAAUAUGUUAAGACAUUAUAAAUUACAUUUUAAAUUAAGAUCAGGUGCUUAUAUUUUACCAGAUGGUCAUAUUUCUUUAAAUAAACCAACUUCAAAACAAUUAUUUAAAAAUGUUUCAAGUUUAAAUAAUAAUAAUAAUAAUAAUAAUAAUAGUCAUGGUAAUAAUAAAUCAAAAAAAUCAAUUAUUGAUCAUACCCAAUGGUAA